AUGACUGACAAAACCCUACUCUCUGGCUGGUUGUCGGCUGCCGCUGCAGCAGAAGUCAAGCGUGCUCUCGAAGAGAUGGGGGCAGACAUCAAGAUCGAAGGCAACGUCAUGACGGUUGCUUUCACACCUGCCAAUGACCCCGUCGACAACUUGGCUGCGGCUCUUGAACCCCUCCGUGUUCAGCCCGAUGAGGACAAUGGCGAAGCUUCCGACAGCGACGAGACGAGGAUCUCUGACGACGACGAGACAGGGAUUUCGGAAGAAGACGAUGCGUUUCCAGAUGAGCUCGACUCGGACGAGGAAGAUUGA